UCUGAAGUUGGAGAGUGUUAUGGUUGAUUGCGAUAGUACCGAAGUACAAAGUUUGGUUCGUGCGCUUGGCAUCAUUUAUUAUGUUGUGACUGGCCCAUUCUGGAAUCUCCUGAACAGCGACACACACUAUCUUGACCAGUACAUAUACAUUCAAGAGAUGGCGGAAAAGUUUGAAGCGUGGUCACUUGACAGCAGCGAAUUGCUAACAAGUCCAAUCACUAUUUUUUCAGAUUUUGCUGUACCAGUCGAUGACAUAUGGAGAAGCUUGAUGGGUGACACAUUGCCAGGCUCUUAUCUCACCAAAUCUGCACUACAACAAAUAAUGACUGGAUUCAUUGCGGUUACUAAAAGGCAACUUGAAAAUUUUCUGCCUGGGGGAGUGUAUGGGAGUGCGCCAGACGAUGACCUUAGGAAACAAAUGAAGCACUGCAAGCUGACAAACCUGGUGUCAGAGUACGAGUUUGGCGACUUAGACUUUAGUCAGUUUCGAAGACGGCACGCCUCAAUGCAUUUUCAUUCCAGCAUACAGAUGGUCAAGAGAAAUAAAACAAUUUCUGACUGGCUGUCAUCAAAACCAGAUGAAGAACAGGCACAUUUGCUACAAUUAGCACGUGAAAAGUGUACUGCACUUAAAGAAAAACACAAAGAAGCUGAAAGAGAAGUUGUUCGCAAAACAGAGGCACGUUUGCAAGAGGUAAACAGAAGAAAACAAGAAAAAGAAGCGGAAAAAUUAGAAACCAAACGAAAGCUGGUUGAUAUUGUUAAACAACAUGGUGGACCUUGUGUCAAACCAAAAGAUGUGGAACAGGCUUUGAAAUGUGGCAAGACUAAUCGACAGAAGUUGGAAAUUGUUAAGAAUGAGAUUAGAUAUUUGAAGAAUGUUCUGGGAGUUAUUAACAAGCGCCUAGUUUUUGGCAAGAAAUCAUUGGAAUCUCUAGCAACAGACCUCAAAACAGUAUUAAGUUUGUCACGAGAGGAGGAUAAUCACAACUUGGUUGCCAUUCCUGUUUCCCAUAGCGUUGAUCAUGUGGAAGCUAUUGAAAGUUUUGCUGGUGAAAAACGACAGAUAAAUCAGCUUACAGGGAAAUCCAAGAAACGGGCUGUAGAAGUUCAACCAUCAACAUCAGAUUCACAAUAUAAAUUCAAUUCUCAGGGUGAAUGGCUCGCUGUUGCAUAUGAAAAUGAGUGGUUCGUUGGAACUGUGGUAGACAUCAAGUCAUCAGAGAGAGCUGUUGUUCAAUUCCUCAGCAAAGGUCAUCAAAAUGUAUAUCGCUGGCCUCGAGUUGAUGAUUUUGAUACGAUUGAUAGCAAGUUCGUUUUCGCUCAUGCCUUGGAUGUUAGUACUGCAAAUGGCAGGACAUGGUCUGUUCCAGAAUUUGAUUAUCUGCAGGAGCUAUAUAGUGAUUACUGCUCGCUUUAUUUUGCAGAGCCGCUGUUGGAGGAGUUGUGGUAAAAAAAAGAAAAAAAAAACCACAUGUAAUCUAAUAAAAUAAGAAAAUAUAUAAAUUAAUCAAAUAUAUCUGCAUGUAUUUUAAGAUUCAUCUUUAUAUAGUACAGUACUCUUCGAUAACUAAAUUAGUUAAGUAUUAUAAUAUUCUGUAUCUGGCCCCGAAACCUGUCUCUGAAAUACCGGUUUGGUGCCCGGCGGGGGAUAGUUUUGUGUACCGUGAGAGAUUAAUAAAAUAUUGUAUUUUUACCCAAAAAUGAAGUUUUUAG